UACCUUACACAGAACAAAUUAAAGGUGACGUGUCUACUAACACCCCACCCAUUCUCCUUCCUUUAUUCCCCACAUCCUCAGAUUCACCUCCAUCUAAUAACCUCCUGUAUUAUUCUUUUUUCUUGCCAAUACCACGCAGAGACCCAUUAGAGAGAUCUUGGACAAAGAUAUAGCUUCAGCUCACCAGCAUGAAGUCUCGUAGUCUUCCACCAGAACCAAGCAAAACCAAUCUCCAGUUUCUUCAAAAUCACAUUGAUACACAUGCGCACAGCUUCUUGUCUUCCAAUACUGCCUACGAUCUUCACCAUUCCCAGGAAAGUGAUGGAAAGAAGAAUGAUUUAAAAUGCAUACCUUCAAAGACGACGACUGCCGUCCUCCAGGGGCAGGAGCCACCAGUUACGGCAGAAGAUGAUGCAGUAAAGGUGGCUAGACGUCGUGAAGAGUCGGCUAGUAGUGAUUGUUUGUCCUCCAAGGCGUUACAGGAUGAUUAUUGUGGACGUGAAAGACUCAAGAGACAUAGGAUUGAGGUUGCAGGGAGUGUUUGGAUCCCUGAUAUUUGGGGUCAGGAGGAGCUUUUGAAGGACUGGAUAGAUUGUUCUGCAUUUGAUGCUUCUUUAGUGAAUAACAGGAUUAAGUCUGCUCGUGCAGCUUUGGUUGAACAAGGAAGAACAGCUACCACCUGUUCUGGAAGAUUAAGAAUAGAAAACAGGUGUUGAAUUUGAUGACGAGCUAUCUAUCAAAUUGUUUUCCAAUUCCCACUUAUUUUCCAUUGUUUUGAUAUUAAUUAGAGUAAUAAUGACAUGGUCUAUUAAUUCCCUGGUUAUGAAAUUGGAUUACUUCGCUGUUGCUUGUUUUUCCAAGUAAUUAGAAUUGCAUGAACACGAGAUUUCGGAAUUAAUUUUUGAACUGAACUCUAUUGUCUUUGUUUGUACAAACAACAUUUCAUCAGAAUGUGGAUAGGAGUUGUGAACCACGUCUUGCUCGUGUGGUGGGGCUUUGGUUUUUUUUUUUUUCUUUUUUUUUUCUUUUUUUUUUUUGUGGAAUUAAAUAUUGAACGAGAGCCACAAGAAGCAGCCUCCAUAACACUCCGACACUACAGCCUUCAUAGUUCUCCAGUCGUGAAAACAAUUCCAACAUGAUUGAAGUAAAAUUAACAAACAAAAAGGUAUGCAUCAACCUUGUUAUUUGAAAGCAGUUCUAGUUUAACUUAAAGGAUAAGUGAUUAGUUCUGUACCAGAGUUUCUAAUGCCAGGAUGGAAGAGAUUGAAGGGGAAGGGAAGGGAAGAGAAGAGACUGAAAGGUCUACAACUGACAAAUUUAUUGGCAAAAUAGAAUACAAAAACCAAUAAUUCUGCCGUUUCUCAAAAAAUCAACAAUUCACAUCAUAAACAUUGAUAAAAUGAAAGGCAAAAGGGGGAACUUGCAAAAAGAUGAAUCAUGAAAUAGUUGCCAGCUCCCAUAUCUUUAUUGUUCCAUCAUCACUUGCAGAAGCAAGAAGCCGGUUCUC